CCAACUUCAAAGAAAGCACAAGCAUCAUGAUGGCCCCGAUCGCUCUCCUCCUCGCCAUUGCCAUUGCGCUCGCCCCUCAAGAUGCGCACGCCGAGACCAGCGUCGCAAACAAAGUGAACGAUGUCGACCCCUGGAUUUUUGACCCCAGCCAGUGGUCCAACUUCCAUGCUGCAAACCCCAACGCCGACGACGAUGGCUCCGAGGCGCCGAAGCCGGUGGGCGAUGUCGACCCCUCGAUUUAUGACCCCAACCAGUGGUCCAACUUUCAUGCUGCCAACCCGAACGCGGAUGGAGUGGCCUCGGACACACCCGUAAUGUCGCCUGCGGCCCCAUCGCCCGCGCACUAGUGUGUGUGCUUCUCGUGUGUCAACAAACCUUUUACGUAAAAACAUAACUUCAUUGUGCCAUUCAUCGCAAAGGAGUUUGAGCAACGCAGAUUUAAUUUCUCAAAACUUGCA